AUGAAACCAGAAUUCACAGUUACUUUUUGUGAGAAUUGUGAUGGAGGUACUCAAGAAGAAUCCACAGCUAUUCAGGCCAUACGGCAAGUCUUUCCCGAUGCGAGUAUCAAGUCGGUGUGUCUCGAUGAGUAUCCCAUCUUUGUGAAAAUUGAAGCAAAAACUUCGGAUCAACAAGAACCAAAAACAAUUUUCCAAUCCCAUCAACGAAAUCUAUUCCGUAAAUAUCCUGAUCUUAGAGAAGAAUCCAUCAAGAAGAUUGUGAAAGCUUGUCAGGAAUUAGUAAAAGAAGAAUAA